AUGAGAGCUCGGUACCAGAUAACUUUUGCUGUCGACUCAUCUUGUCCCCUCUUAUCUCAGCUCCCCCCGCCCCCUCCCGCUCACAUCACCUUUAGGCAUGUUACAGCCGACCCCAUGUCCAUUGAGGUCGCCAUGUCUGUUCUGGUAGGUGCGACGAGUCAUUCUUUUCUUGCGCAAACUGGCAAACAAGAUAAGCCGGCCCACCGUCAAACAGAGUCAAAGCUGUCGGCUUAG